CCUGAAUAUGAUUGAUACAAAGAUCUAUAAGCUAAAGGCCGAGCUGGCUAGCUCCAGCCUUGAUGACAAAGGCAGGAGCCUAAUAGAGUGGGCUACCAUAUUUGCCCAAGUGAGCCAAGAUAAAAUAGAGUAUACCCAGGCAUACAAGAGCGCCCUUGUGGGUGAUUUUGAAGAGAUGAUUCCUCAUUGUACCCUCUCUUUCCUUGAAAUCGAUGGUGAACAGGUCGCAAAACUUGCUGAAGUUGUAAGGAAAAGCCAGACAAAACAGAAAAUUUUGAUGAUCAAGCCACACCAAAAUCAUUCUCAAGACUUUGAGAAGGUUUGAAACAUCCUUAGAGAGUUUGCAAUGGCUGAAAAAGAUAUUGGGAGACCCAUUAUGGUCAAUUCCCAUACUGGAAGAGGAAUCUCUGCUCUUUCUAGAAACGCUGAAAACCAAAGCUACAGAGGGAUUGUGAAUAUCUUGAUAAUUUUACUCAUCGCUUCUAACGCCCAGAAUAUCCUGAAGGUCCUCAACGAAGAAGGCUGGGUGUUUGGGAAGGUCUGGCUUGACUUGUUCAGAAAUCCAACAACUUUUCAACUCAAAAAUUUGAGAUACCUCCUAUAUGUUCAGAACCUGGUAACAGGACCUUUAAUAUCACUUGGAAUAGAGAAAUACUUUGCAUCAUGUAUAAAAGUGCCAAGAGCCAUCGUCUUCGUGCUGAUAUUGAUAAACCUCUUCUAUAUGCUCGGAUAUCCUUGCUGGUUCGGAAUGUACAUGCAAGUCCAUAUGCUAGUAAGAGUUUAUCCUCUCUUAUUUUCCUGUGGAUUCUUCCUCAAAAUGAUCAGUUAUCAUCAUAUAUGGCAUGAUAUUAGGUAUCAUAGGAGCUUACUCAGCUCAGAUAGUGACAAAGACUCAAAAGAAAAGCCAAAUGCUUCUCAGGAUGAAGACUAUCUCACAAAAGUCGGCAAAAAGUUGAAUCUCCCAAAACCUAUUGCUAGGAGUGUAAUUGACUAUCCCAAAAAUAUUAAGCUAUUUGACGUCAUUAUCUUCAUUUUGAUUCCAACCCUGAAUUUCCAACUGAAGUAUCCCUUCAAGAAGGAGCGCAACUACAAAAGAUUCGCCUUAAGAAUUGUCGAGUUUUUAGCCUGGCAAGCAAUGUAUGUGAUAAUUGUCAUGGAAUAUGUCUCCCCACUUGUCACAGAUUGUUCAAAUAGCAUUAAGAAGGAAGAAUAUGUAGCAGCUUCAUACUAUUUCGUCAGGUUAGCAGUUCCAAACACUUACUCUUGGCUGAUCAUGUUCUACAGUCACUUCCAUACCUACUUGAAUGCGUAUGCAGACCUCACUGGGUUUUCAGAUAGAUCCUUCUAUCUAGACUGGUGGAAUUCUACAAGUCUGAGUCAGUACUGGAGGAAGUGGAACCUUCCAGUUCAUAAUUGGUUAACCAGGCAUAUCUACCUUCCUAGCAUCAGAAGAGGACGCUCCAAGGCUUUCAGCAUGUUCUUAGUGUUCUUAUUCAGUGCCAUUCUGCACGAAUUCAUCAUUUUUGGGCUCCUAGAGUAUGUCUCAAUGAUUGGGUUUAAUUCAAUGGCCAUCCAAGUCCCUUUCAUCAUUAUCCAAGAUAAAUACAAGAAAGCUCUUGGAGGAAAUGUGGGGAAUUUCAUCUUCUGGAUGACUUUCUGAGUCAUUGGUCAGCCAGCUGGAAUGGUAAUGGGAUAUAUCUUGCUCAAUUAAGACCAAUAGGACUAUGUCGACAAAGAACUAAAACUUCUCAAUAUGUUCUAAAGUUUCGAAGGA